GUUUCCUGGAGGGGGAGCUUUAGCGCCCGCUCUCGGGUAGUUGUGCUGCUCCCAGGUUUGUGAAACUUUGCAAAGUUCCCAGGCCGCCCGCGGGCAGGAGCGCCCCCAGCGCGGGCAUGGUGGGGCUGGCCGGCCGCGGCAAGUGGUGGGGCAGGCGGGGCCGGGCCCCCCGGGGAGCAGGGGCAUUGCUGGCCCUGGGGCUGCUGGCGGCACUGGGUUUCCUGCUGUGGCGGCGCGUCCCCCCGGAGAGCGAUGCUGCGCGUCCUGCCCGCGGGGCCCCCCAGCCGCCACUGCCCGGGGACCCCGAGCGCCUGCGGAGACCCGUGUACGAGAAGCCGCCCCUGGAGCCUGGGGCGCUGGGCGAGCUGGGCCAGGCUGUGCGGCUGGAGCUGAGCCCGGCCGAGAAGAACCGCCAAGAGGAGAGUAUCCGGCAUCACCAGAUCAACAUCUACCUGAGCGACCGCAUCUCCCUGCACCGCCGCCUGCCCGAGCGCUGGAACCCGCUGUGCAAAGAGAAGAAGUAUGAUUAUCAUAACCUGCCAAAAACCUCAGUUGUAAUAGCUUUUUAUAAUGAGGCUUGGUCAACACUUCUGCGAACAGUUCACAGUGUUCUUGAAACAUCCCCAGAUAUUCUGCUGGAAGAAGUUAUCCUGGUGGAUGAUUAUAGUGACAAAGACCAUUUAAAGAAACCUUUGGAAAACUACGUGGCUGAUUUACGCAAGGUACGUCUUAUUCGUGCAAAUAAAAGAGAAGGACUGGUUCGAGCUCGACUUCUGGGAGCUUCUCUUGCGAAAGGGGAUGUUUUGACAUUUCUUGAUUGCCACUGUGAGUGUCAUGAAGGGUGGCUUGAACCACUACUGGAAAGAAUUGGGGAAGAUGAGUCAGCAGUCGUGUGUCCUGUGAUCGAUGUGAUUGAAUGGAAUACGUUCGAGUACUUGGGAAAUGCUGGGGAGCCACAGAUUGGAGGGUUUGACUGGAGACUGGUCUUCACUUGGCAUGUUAUCCCAGAGAGGGAGCAAAAACAAAGACGGUCCAAAACUGAUGUAAUCAGGUCUCCAACUAUGGCUGGUGGAUUGUUUGCUGUCAGCAAGAAAUAUUUUGACUAUCUUGGCUCCUAUGACACAGGAAUGGAAGUAUGGGGAGGAGAAAACCUUGAAUUCUCAUUUAGGAUCUGGCAGUGCGGAGGAAGUCUUGAGAUCCACCCAUGUUCUCAUGUAGGUCAUGUUUUCCCCAAACAAGCUCCCUACUCACGCGCCAAGGCCCUGGCUAACAGUGUACGUGCAGCAGAAGUUUGGAUGGACGAAUACAAAGAGCUUUAUUACCACCGAAAUCCACAUGCACGUAUGGAGCCCUAUGGAGAUGUGACAGAAAGGAGGCUGCUUCGAGAGAAUCUCAGAUGUAAAGACUUCAAAUGGUUCUUGGAGAAUAUUUACCCUGAACUUCAUGUACCUGAAGACAGAGCUGGCUUCUUUGGAAUGCUGAAAAAUAGAGGAAUGGCAAAUUACUGCUUUGAUUAUAAUCCUCCAAAUGAGCAUGAAGUAACAGGGCACAGAAUCAUAUUAUAUCCAUGCCACGGCAUGGGACAAAAUCAGUUUUUCGAAUAUACAUCUCAUAAUGAAAUACGUUACAACACUCGGCAGCCUGAAGCCUGUGCAGCAGUUGAUUCCGGGACUGACUAUUUGACAAUGUACUUGUGUCAAGACAAUGUUCAAAAUAUUCCUGAAAAUCAGAAAUUUGUUUUCAGAGAGGAUGGUACUUUGUUCCAUGUACAAACCCAGAAGUGCCUACAAGCCGAGUCUAACUCUUACAAUGGCAAUCCAGCACCAUUAUUGCGACCAUGUAGCAAUUCAGAAUACCAAAAAUGGUUCUUCAAAGAAAGAAGUUGAUCCAGAUGUCAUCAACUGUAUGGCAGAAUAUGAAAAUAUUAACUUUCUAGUCAGCAGCUAGGAAAUCUGUGGACAAAUUACAUAGCUGAUCUAUUUUUGUAUGAAAAGAGUUGUAACUUGUUUACAAGUUGUAAACCUUGUUUUCUGGAGCACUAAAAGACAUUAAGUGUUGAACUCUAUUGAACGAGCACUGUGAAUAUACUGUGCUGCAGAAAUCUCCUCUUCCACUGUUCUCUUUACUUGGCAGCUAUACUGUUUCUAAAAUGUUUUAUGUUUUUCAUACAUGACUAUAUUUUUUUAACCUACUGUGUGCAAGUAAGGAAGUGAAAGUAAUUGCACUAAAGCUAUCUGCCAGUAACUUUAAAAUCUUUAUUUUUCUAAAACAUUCUACAGUGGUGGCUUUUUAACAGAUAUUAGCUAAGGAUUCUUCUUUUAAAUUCCAAAAAUGUAAAUUUAGGUCAAAUUCUGCCCUGAGAUGUGAAAGUCAAGCAGAGCUCUCAUUGAAAUCAAUGUGGAGUUGCACAUCUACAUCUCAAGCCAGACUAGGUCCUAAUAAUUUUGCACAAAUAACACUCCAGAUUGCACAUAUACUGAAUGUUAUAACAUUUUAAAUGUUCAUGGUACUUGACAGAUUCCUAAUAAAGCUGCUUAAGGUUAUCUUUGGAGUAAAAUUAGUGAUUAUUUACUGCUCUUUCGUUAGUGUAAGAAAUAAAGCACCAAUAUUAAAAAUAACUUUGUGGGGAAAAAUUAAAUUCAUAUGGGGCCCAAUCUUAGAAGUGUGUAGUAUGUACUUCAAAUGGAAGUUCUGCAUGCACAAAUCGUUCAAGAUCUGACUCAUAGACACUAAAGCUUUAAUUCAAAGUUCAGUUUUUAAGCAAAUACAUUUAA